AUGAUCACGAUCCCCGUUAUUCAGGUGGUUGGUAGUGUCUGGACCCUCCUGUUUGUCAUGGAUGCAGGCGCGGAAAUACGCGUGCUCGAUGGGAACUUUCGGAUAGGUAAUACCGACAGCAUUUUUGGCAUUUACCAGUUGCAAGCUGCCAUGUCCGCGCUUGCCGACUGGACCAAGAACACGUUUCAGCCUUGCUUUACUGCGAUUCUGACUCGCGCAACUGGAUUACAGCUCUAA